AGGUCUCGACACUGACCUCGGUCACCUUUCGGAGCCUUUAAAAUGACCACUCGCGGGGGUCCGGAGGGGGAAUUUUGCGGGCUAAAAACUGCCGAGUGGCGGGCCAACAUUUAAGCGUGGAAACAGGCGGCGGAGGCCGCCGCGCUGUGACGUCAGCGAGGCUGACGAGAGCUCAGAGCCAAGAUGGCGGAGGUGAGCGGGUUGAGCGGAGCUCACUUGGAGCCCAACUAUAAAAGCGCGCGAGCCGAGCAAGGAGAAGGCUCGAGCAGAGUCCAAGACGUCCCCGUCGUCCGACGCGGUCCCAGACCCGCUCCGGCCAGAAAAAAAACAGGUCAGGCGUCGCCGUCCGCGAUCGCGACCGGGCGGCUCGGCUCGCCGCCGUAUCAGGACGGCCGCGUGCGCUCUCGUCAGGACGAGGCGGAGGAGAAGGCCCGGCCGGUGCAGAUCCUGCGUGCCGAGGAGGAGCGGCGCGGCUUCGAGCUGGAUGCCGGCGCGCUGGAGGAGAUCCUGCUGCAGGAGCGCGUGCGCGACCUCCCCGUAGCGGUGGUGUCGGUGGCCGGCGCCUUCCGCAAGGGCAAGUCCUUCCUGCUGGACUUCAUGCUGCGCUACAUGUACAAUCGGCAAAACGAGCGCUGGAUCGGCGGGGACGACGAGCCGCUGACGGGCUUCACCUGGCGGGGGGGCUGCGAGCGGGAGACCACGGGGAUCCAAGUGUGGAGCCACGUCUUCGUGGCCGACGAGCCGGGCGGCGGCCAGGUGGCCGUCCUCCUCGUGGACACGCAGGGAGCCUUCGACAGCCAGUCCACCAUCAAGGACUGCGCCACUGUCUUCGCCCUCAGCACCAUGACCAGCUCGGUGCAGGUGUACAACCUCUCGCAAAACAUUCAGGAAGACGACCUGCAGCACCUUCAGCUCUUCACCGAGUACGGCCGCCUCGCCUUGGAAGAGGUCUACUCGAAGCCUUUUCAGUCGCUCAUGUUCCUCAUUCGGGAUUGGAGUUUCCCCUACGAGCACGACUACGGCCUGGAGGGAGGCGACGCCUUCCUGAGCAAGCGACUUCAGGUGAAGCAGAACCAGCACGAGGAGCUGCAGAACGUCCGCAAGCACAUCCGCUCGUGCUUCUCCAACAUCGGCUGCUUCCUGCUGCCCCACCCGGGCCUCAAGGUGUCCACCAACCCUCGCUUUGAUGGCCGGCUACGAGACAUCGACGGGGACUUUAAGCGGGAGCUGUCGCGGCUGGUGCCUCUCCUCCUGGCCCCCGAACGGCUGGUGGUCAAAGAGAUCGGCGGCAACAAAGUCACGUGUCGCGAUCUCGUGGAGUACUUCAAGGCGUACAUCAAGAUCUAUCAAGGUGAAGAGCUGCCUCAUCCAAAGUCCAUGUUGCAGGCGACGGCAGAGGCAAACAACCUGACCGCCGUCGCGGGAGCCAAAGACAUGUACAGCAAGAACAUGGAGCAGGUGUGCGGCGGCGACAAGCCCUACAUGGCCCCCGCCGACCUGGAGCGCCGCCACGACGAGUUCCGCGAGCACUCGGUGCGCUACUUCCGCUCGGUGAAGAAGAUGGGCGGCGCCGAGUUCUGCCAGCGCUACCAGAGCCGGCUGGAGGCCGAGCUGGACCGGGCCUUCGGCAACUUCUGCAAGCACAACGACGGCAAGAACAUCUUCUACGCCGCGCGCACGCCCGCCACGCUCUUCGCCGUCAUGUUCGCCGCCUACGUGGCGUCGGGCGUGACGGGCUUCGUGGGCCUGAGCGCGCUGGCGGCGCUGGCCAACCUGCUGAUGGGCCUGGCGCUCUUGGCGCUCUGCGCGUGGGCGUACGUCAAGUACUCGGGCGAGUUCCGCGAGGUGGGCGCCGUCAUCGACCUGGCGGCCGAGACGCUGUGGGAACAGGUUCUCAAGCCGCUCAGUGAACAUUACAUGGAAGACAACGUGCGGCAGACGGUGGUGAACUCGCUCAAAGCCGGCCUGACCGAACCCGGCGGCAGCGGUGGUGGCGGCAGCGGCGGCGGCUCCUCUUCACUGGCCUCCACCUCCACCUUCCCCUCCUCCUCUUCUUCUUCACAGCAGCAGCAACAAAACGCCAAGUUAAAGACGCACUGAUGCACUUCCCUCAUCACCAUCACUCUUCCUCAUGUGCUUACAACUGCGAGGAGUCCAUCAACACCAAAGCUUGCAGUGGCCUUUUGCCAAAAAAAAAACCCCAAAUCAUCCUCGAAAAUGGACGCCAACACAUUGCCUUGAAAGCACAACUAUUCCCAACCAGGUCUUUUAGAAACAACAUGGAAGGCAAAUGCAAGCAUUGUGAGAAGCUGCUGACUACGUUAAGAUGCGUCUGUAACCUCGUGCCAUUGUCAUCGAUAGAAACUGUAAGGGCCAGUCAGCCAUUGAGUUUGGUGGAGUUGCGAGCCAGGCACUUUGACGUGGUUUGUGGUCCUCUUCUGCGUGGCGCUCACAUGAGCUAAGGUCGAAGCAUUUGGACUUGUGCCUGGAAACACUUCAUUUGCUCCCUGACUGACAUUUUGACAAUAAAGACAAUUAAGUGACGUUAAGCUAGUUUAAGGCUUUAGCUGGCUCUUAUCUUACAGCCCCGCCCCCUACUUUAAAUUACUCUCAGGCUGACAUUUAGAUGUUUAAAAAAAAAAAAAGUGAAAUUGGAGCAAGUUUAAGGCUUUAGAUUGCAGGCUAAGUUGUAUUUUUCCCCAGGCUUGAAUCUGCUUAAUUUCUCAUACUUUUUGUCCGUCGCAUAUUUAACAAUCCAACCUUCUCGUAGGCUCCCACGCUGACGUUUCGACGAGUUAAAGCCAAGGCACAGCGAGAGUUUCACGAUUUCGCUUCAUAGGCUUAAGAAAUGCUCCAGCAAAUUUGCCUUACUUUUUUUCACGGUAAGCUAAAGGUUGAAUAUCUGCUUCAUUCACACUAAUUCAUGUCAAAACGAUUCCAAACUUAACUACACCCUGGUUUAUUUUUUCACAAGUACUUAAUUUGACACGGACAAAAAAAAAAAAAAACCGAUAAGACGCAGAUAGAGCAAGUGGAAGGCUUUGGCAAGAUGUUGGUGUAGCUUGCUCCUUGUCUGUGCUUUUCGAAAGGCAUUCGCCGCUUGCCUGCGCCGCUCCCUCGAGAGAAAACCGCAGGUGACUCGGUCAGUUUUCUCCAACAAUGGUUCGUAAUGUGGUUAAAACUCGAGUAUGACUCCAAAUGUGACUUCUGCCCUUUGACGGUCGCACUCCUUCGAUUCUCAGGAGCCAACAAGCGAGUAGCAGCAUCAUUGAAUCACCUCAAGCGCCAGGGUUUUGUUACACACUCAGCUUGCAUGUUAGAAAUGUAAUUUAAAUCAACUUUGAAUACGUUUUGUAGCGAAUUAAGAUUGUUUUGGUUUGGCUUCAUUUACCUGUCCGGUGUCGUUUUGCUGCUGUACAAGUGUUUAGACGAGGACGCCAUAAAAUGUGAUUGAUUGAAUGAGGCGGAAGUGUGAUUCCUGUCCACAUUAAAAAAAGACAAAUCAAUCAAUGGUAAUUUAUUUUUGAAUAAAGUGUUUACCUUGGGAAUUAA